UCUCGCGCCCUCCAGCCACGGUUAAAUAUUAGUUGGGAGUUAUCAGUGCAGACUCUGGGGAGGAAGGGGAGGAGAGGGCGGCAUGAGACGUUCCCAUCUCCUCUGCAGAGCCGCCAGUUCCCGCACCGGCCCCGACCAUGCCCGUGGAGGAGUUUGUGGCCGGCUGGAUCUCUGGGGCUCUAGGCCUGGUCCUGGGACACCCCUUUGACACGGUAAAGGUGCGGCUGCAGACACAGAACAGGUACCGGGGCAUCGUGGACUGCUCCAUCAAGAUCCUCCGCCACGAGUCGGUCCUGGGCUUCUUCAAGGGCAUGAGCUUCCCCCUCGCGAGUGUGGCCCUGGUCAACUCCGUGCUGUUCGGCGUCUACAGCAACACACUGCUGGCCCUCACGGCCACGUCGCACGAGCAGCGGCGCGCCCAGCCGCCCAGCUACACCCACGUCUUCAUCGCGGGCUGCACCGGGGGCGUCCUGCAGGCCUACUGCCUGGCCCCUUUUGACCUCAUCAAAGUCCGCCUGCAAAACCAGACGGAGCCGAGAGCGAAGGCAGGGAGCCCCCCGCCGCGGUACCGGGGGCCCCUGCACUGCGCGGCCACCGUCUUCCGGGAGGAGGGGCCCCGGGGGCUGCUGCGGGGGUCCUGGGCGCUGGCGCUGAGAGACACGCCCACGCUCGGGAUGUACUUCGUCACCUACGAGUGGAUCUGCCGCCACUACACGCCGGAAGGCCAGACUCCCAGCUCGGCCACGGUGCUGGUGGCCGGGGGCUUCGCGGGCAUCGCCUCCUGGGUGACGGCCACGCCCUUCGACGUGCUCAAGGCGCGGAUGCAGAUGGACGGGGUGCAGCAGCGGGCCUACCGGGGCACGCUGGACUGCGCGCUGACCAGCUUGCGGCGGGAGGGCCCGGGGGUCUUCUUCCGGGGGCUCACCCUCAACAGCGCCCGCGCCUUUCCCGUCAACGCCGUCACCUUCCUCAGCUACGAGUACCUGCUCCAAGCCUGGAGAUGA